AUGCAGCAGUUCAACGUGAGGUCGGUCGACCAGGCCAAGCACAUAAAUCGGAAGUUGCGGUACCAGAAGGAGGAGGCGUGGAUUGAAUAUUUUGCGCAGAAGCAACUGGCCAGGACAGCGAAGCAGAAGAGGAUUCCCGUUGCCCAGCUGGAAGAGGCCCCACAACCACCAACGUCGGAGGACCUGUGUGACAAGUGCAGUAUCAAAAUUAAACUGAUCAAAGUACAGAGUAGGAGGAUAGAAUUACUAGACCAACAGAAGACAGAUUUCAAACAGAGAAGCGAGGAGGGUUUUAAAAUAUUCACCGAGAAGCAGAACUUGAAACACAUUUGUAUUGGAGACACCAGCGACGGAAAAGGACAAGAAGUAUUUGCAACUGACGACAUGAUAAAGGCCGGUGACGGAUUUAGCUUUGAUAAGAUCACUGGUGACGUCUCAGCUAUAGGUGUUAAUGGAACUCCUGGAAUGUUUACUCUCAACAAAACAAACGUUCAGUCUACGAGCUCUAUCUUAUCAUCUCCCCUUGGUCUUUCAACAUGGAGAGACCCGAAAACAGGAAGACUGUACGUUUAUGUCAUUACCCACCCAGCGACUGGUGAUGUUGUGCAAGUCUUCGAAGUCGAGAUGCCAAUAAAGCUGUCUUACAUCAAGUCUAUAACAGACCCAAGCUUUACCUUCAUGAACAAUCUCGUUGUGGUUGGUAUGGACAAAUUUUACAUUACAAAGUACACGAUGUAUAACGACUUAUUGCGCAUACAGUUAGAACACUUAUCCCACCUCAGGAAUGGCAAGGUCCUCUUCUACGACGGUCAGAAGGCAAUAGUCGUUUCUUCGGGACAUUUCUUACCGAAUGGAAUCAACAUUUCCCCUGAUCAAAAGAUGAUUUACGUAGCGGAGUUAGGUGGCAAAAAAUUAAAUGGAUUUCGGCGCGAGUCAAAUAACAACCUUGUACUUACCUGGCAUGUAGAGAUGGAUACCGCACCUGAUAAUAUUAACGUGGAUGAAAAUGGAGAUCUCUGGAUUGGCUGUCAUCCAGUGUUGUGGAAACUUUUAGACUUUUAUGGAAUAUUUGGAGCUUUACAGCCCUCACAGGUGAUAAGAGUUAAGAUGAGAAAUCACACGGUUUCGAGCAUCGAGGAGAUAUAUAUGGAUGAUGGUAAUGAAUGUACGGCUUCAACUGUGGCUGUAUUUGCGUAUGGGAAACUAGUUAUUGGAACACUCUUCAAACAAACAGUGGUUUGUGAUAUAAAAUAUUUAAGUGAUUAAAUCCACAUGUGCACCCUCAACGGGCAGCUUACAGUUCGCUUUUAAUGUAUAACAAUUAUAAUACUAUAUUUCACACAAAAGACAUUAAAGGGAGCUAUAGAGCAUCUAUCUCGCUGUGACGAGGUACGGAAGCCAUUUGUGUGCCGUGAGUGGUAUCCCGAAAGCCAAAGAAACGUCCUGUGUGUUUAGCAGAUUACGACGGUGAUGCAUAAAUGCACUCGUAUGCAAUUCCAGUUUUUGGGGUGUCAGUAAUCAUCUCCGGCCUCUACGACGGGAUAGAUGCGGUGGCCAUAUUAGCAGUCAACGCUCCUUUUACUUAUUGUCAUAUUUUCUGUUGCGUUAUUCAUCUUUUAUGCAUAUGUUUACAAGUAAGCUUAGUUAAUAACAGUUAGAUCUAUAUGUAAUAAAACACAGUUAGUUUAUCUAUGUAUAAAACUUUGAUCAACACACUGCAUGUCGCGUUCUCAAUAGUUGUUAACAUCGUGUAAUUUAUCUUAAUAUAUAAGCUCUUUACAGCCAAUAAACUUGAACAUUU